GCCCAGAGAACCCCUCCCUCACCUUCCUCCGGUCGCCUGGAGCAAAUAAAUCCUUGUCACUGGCUUAGUUUCCCCAAUUGCGCAGAGUGCCAGAAGGUGGACUGGGGCUUCCCUUACUUCCUGAAGAUUAACUUCACCUGCCCUGGAGAGCUCUGGACUCCCCACCCUAAUGGUGUCCCUACUACUGCUACUGCUCUUGCUGGCACCAGUCCAGCUGCGGGAACAGCUGGAAGAAACCUGCCAAUGGCGAGUGGUGCUCAACAAGUACCAGGCCUUGGGAAAGGGCAGUGAAAGGUUUUUCAACCAAGAACCAGUUUCCGAUGUCAACAGAUACUUCGGGGAGCUAGGGGAUUCACCGAUUGACCAUGAAAAGACAUACUGGGGCUUCCCUUACUUCCUGAAGAUUAACUUCACCUGCCCUGGAGAGAAUUCAGAAGCCUUUGUCCGUGGAGGCCACCUUAAGGGCCUCAUCCCCAUUGUGCUGGUCACCUUCUAUGCCCCCGUGAAUUUCCGGAGAUGGAAAGCAGAGAGAUUGCAAAUCGAGAUGAAGGGGGCACCAUUCAGAAGUCUUGUGUCCUGCUUGGCUGAGGAAGCCUGUGUCAUGAAUUGGUAUACCCCGAUGCCCAUGAAGAAUGGUACUGUAGUGAUGGAAGUCAAAAUCUCCAGCAACCAAGUGGGGGAACUCAUUGGUAACACCAGGUACAUGAUAAAUAUCAAUGGGUUUCUAAAAAAAGACAAGGACAAACUGAUCUUUACCCUGGGAAAUAAGGUCAUGGCCAUGACCCACAGGCACUUCAUCAAUGCACCAUCUAGGCCUGUCUGGGCUACAGUGGACCAGGCUCCUGUGCUCAUCCUUGGGGGUAUUCCAGAGGAGAAGAUGAUUCUCAUCUCUGACUCCAGCUUCAGGGAAAUCUCCCUGGUGGAGCUGAAUAUCGAUAGCUGCUGGCUGGGCUCUCUUCAAUGCCCUCAGGAGCACUUCACGGCCUCCAUCUUUGACACCAUCUCCACUGAAAGUGUCCUCUUCAUCCGACAGAACCAACUUGUCUACUAUUUCACCGGCAACUACUCCCACUUUCCUCAAAAAGCAACCAGCAAUUGGGUCCAAGUCUUGCAUAGUCACCGUAUCAAGAAACUUUGUCCUGUGGAAUUCCACAACCAUGCUGAGUACAUCCUGGCCUUGGCUGGAGGUGAUCAGGAGGGCUUCUACUUUGGGGUCAUCACAGAUGGCAAAGUGGCUUUUAAAAGGAUGCCUAAAAUGAGAUCGAUGUGUGCUAUCCAGAAAGCCCCAGGGUGUUGGCUCCACUGGGUGGUGUAUGAGAUGGAGAAAAAUACUUUCUUGCUUCUCAUGGAGUUUCCUCAAGGCAAAAAGACACAUUUCCAGAUUUUACAGUACUCACCAGUUCGUAGAGGCUCCCUUUUGGAUUCGGUCAACUUGCUCUUUCAAAUUUCCCCUUUCAUCCCCUUGGCUAAUGACAUGGAUUUUGUGACGCUGCUGGGCAUGGAGGAGUACUAUCCCCUGGUGCCCAAGGGUCUCUUCUACAACCCUUUCACCCAUCUGCUGUUGAUUUGGGGCAAUGCUGUUCUGCAGAACUAUGACAAUAAGAAUUACAUUUACCUGGAUGAUUUCCCCAAGGAGUCCUCAAUAAAGUACAUGGCCAGCUCCUACAAAGGCGAAGUGAUCUGUGUCACUGAGAACGAGGAGAUCUGGUUCAUUGUUGAAGGCAGCUUCAAGGUGCAUCGUCUGUACCCAUCAGAUGGCUGGCAGAUGCUUUUCACCCUUUCCCAGAUGCAGACCUCAAGCCUAUAUUCAACCAACGAGACCUCAGUCAGUAUCUUCUAUGACAACAUGGGUCCACAGCAGCUAGUCUACCUGAUUAAUAAGAAAGGGGAAGGGAAGCUGGUGACAAGGCUGCUGCCAGUAAGUCAAAUCUUGGUGUAUCAGCUGCUGAGUCUCACAACCUAUAAGAUCAGUACUGAACUGAAAGCGACCCUGUCCUACAAUAACCCCUGCCCUUUUGAGCUGAUGCAGCUGAGGGACCUGCCCAACCCACAACAAUACACACGAAUGGAGCGGUAUCACGUACAGCCACCCUUUGUGAACUCUGAGUCUGGCUUCCACACUGAAGUCUCUUUGGCCAUCUACCAGGGCCUUGUCUACCACCUGCUCUCACUGCAUGCCAAAUAUGAUAAGCCCUAUGCGGAUCCUGUCCAUGACCCCACCUGGCGUUGGUGGAAGGAUAAGAAGCAACAUCAGGAUUUCUUUUUCUAUAAAGCCAGUAACUUUGAGAGUAUGUAUGGCGUGCACAUUGAAAUGGAUGGCUAUGAAAAGCUUUAUAAAUUGAAUGCUCAGAAUCACCUGCCUGAAUACAUCUACCUGGACAAGGGGGCCACCUACAGCUUCUCCAUUUACCUUGUCUCUCCGAAAAUUUCCUGUAAAAACACUUUCAUGGGCUACAAGAGGCAUUUGCGUCUGGCUGUGAUAAUGGCUGAUCCCAUGUGUGUGUCAGCAACAGUGAAGGAGCAGGCUUUAGGGAACCAAAACGCCAUGCUCUUCCAGGUGUCUGUCAAGGACAAACUCAGAUGUUCUGAUCAAAGCAUCAGUGGAUAUAACCUCAUGAAAACAGCCUUACUCAUCAAGGUGGUUGGCUCAGUUGGGAAGUGCUUUGUUAGAACCCGGUAUGGACAUCUGAUGCAGCUAUACCACCAGAAGACCUAUACCCUGAAGAAUGGGAAAAAAUAA